AUGUCUCAACUCUCUAUUGGAUCUUCCUCUGGAACCUCUAUCGGUGAAGAAAUAAUGUAUGCUUCUCCCUCUAGGACUCGGCCUGUGAACAUCUCUCUUGGUAAGGCGAUCAUUGUUGUUCCCUUAAGCACUUCCUUCAGCGCCAAUUUGGGAUCGAUGGAGUCUCAAACCACACACACAACCAGUUCUGAAGGGCCCUCUGUAGGUAACUCCUCCAACCCUGAUCUUGAUAAGUUCAGAGAAGGUAGUAGACACGUUGAUCAGGUUAUUAGUCAUUUAGUUACUAGAGUACUGCGUGAAGAUAUUCCUGUGGCUGAGAUUACUCGCCCUCUUGCACAGAUUGUUCCUUCCACCAAUGUUGAUGAAAGAGGGCAGUCGCCAAUGACCAAUUCCUCUAAAAGUAAUGAUACUGAUAACGAUUUGCAAAAAUUUGUUGAUUCUGUCCUGAAAUCUCCUAGAGCUCAAAAAGAAAGAACUUUGAAAACAUCAUUUGCGAGGGGUUUCGAUUUUUCCAAUCAGGAUGUUUGGUGUGAUGAGAAAAUUGAUUCUACUGUUAAUGUUAUCGAUUUAUCAUAUGAUGAGGAACUCAUCAAAGGAUUGGACUCUAGAAUUGUAAAAAGGUUGCGAUCUAGGAAAGGGAAAGCAGUGGCUGAUACAAAGUCUUCCAACCCUAACAGAAGGAAGGAUGGGUUCGGACCAACAAAGCCAUGGAGCCAAGUAACUGUCUCCUCAAGAAAGAGAAAAAUUAUGACAGAGACUGAAUCUGAUGAUGUUGAAUAUGAUGUUCAAAUCAUCAUAAGAGUGAAGAAAAUUGUGUCCAAACAGUCAGCUGUGAAAAUUUCAGAUGCUCUCAUGGGUAACAUCUCCUUUCACUCAGUUGAUAGCGCGGAUAGAUGGAGAUUUGUGUAUCAAAGAAGGAUUACCCAGGACAGAGAGCUUGUUCAGGAUGCUCUCAAAAUCAAAGAAAUCAUGGAUCUAAUUUCUGUGGCUGGUCUUAUGAAAACAGUACAUGAUUUUGGUAAAUGCUAUGAGGUUUUGGUUAAGGAGUUUGUUGUGAACAUAUCUGUGGACUGUGUUGUACAUGGGAGUCAGGAUUUUAGAAAAGUAUAUGUAAGGGGUAAACUAGUUCACUUAUCUCCUUUAGUAAUCAACAGAUACUUGGGAAGAAGUGAGGACGAGGGGUGUGACCUGGAAGUGUCUGACAAUCAAGUUUGCAAGGAAAUCACUGCAAAUCAAGUUGUUUCUUGGCCAACGAGAGGGAAACUAUCUGCUGGUCAACUUAGUGUGAAGUAUGCCAUUCUGCACAGAAUUGGAGCUGUAAAUUGGAUUCCCACUAAUCAUACAUCAGUAGUGGUAGUGGGAUUGGGAAAGUUCCUAUAUGCAGUUGGUACCAAAACUAACUUCGAUUAUGGCACUUAUAUUUUUUAUCAGACUGUGAGACAUGCGUCUACCAAUGCCACCAAGAUGCUUGUUGCGUUCCCUUCCUUGAUCUGUGGUGUUGUUCUCAAUCAACAUCAUGGAAUCUUGCUAGGAACUGAUGUGUAUUGCAAGCGAGAUUCUCCACUAUCUCUUUAUGAAAAACUUUUUGCAGGUAAACAUGUUGCAGAUCUUGUCCUAGCAUCUGCUGAGAGAAGGUUUCCCACCACUACUGAUAAUAUUCUAGCUCUAAAAGAGACCUGCAAGGACUUGGAUGAGAUCAUUGCUACCAGCACCAAGCGAAAGAUUGAUAUAGAACGACUUAUCAAGAGUCUUGAGCAGUCUGACAAAAGUGGGGCUAGCAAGGCAACUAAAGAAGCAGCAGAUGAUGCACAUGAAUCUGAUAACUAUGUGGAGGGUGAUACUGAUGAUGAGAAUGUAAUUUAUAAUGACCAAGAAUCUUAUCAUGUUGAGCUGGUUGAAAAGGCAUCACCGGAGCCAUCGAUUAAGCUUGAGUUGAGAAUAUUUACUAGAGAGCGUCACGAUUCUCAUAUAUGUCUUCAACAUGAGCAUGUGAUGAUCACCGAUAGUGACAAUCUAUAG